AUGGACUCUAACCAGACAAGCUACAAUGCUGGACAGGCCAAGGGCCAAACCCAGGAAAAGGCUAGCAGCAUGAUGGACAAGGCUAGCAAUGCUGCUCAGUCUGCCAAAGAAUCAAUGCAAGAGACUGGUCAACAGAUGCAGGAAAAGGCUCAAGGAGCUGUUGAUUCUGCGAAGGAUUCUACAAACAAGAACUAAUUAUGUUUGAUGGAUCACGUCUAUGUCAACUUUCAAUAAGUUUUUUUUUGGAUAAAGGAAAUUACAAUAGUCACUUUAGAAAUUAUCCACAUAAUGGAGGAGUCAAAGUUCAAGCUCCAUCCAUUGUGUCUAAUCUACAAUUUUGACAUUUAUUUCCAGUUAAACUAAGA